UAUAUGUCUACGGACGAUCCUACUCUAUUCGUCUAUUCCUUUCAAUUUCUUUAUGGCUGUUCAUGUAUGUACAUAAGUACAUACGUGUCACCCGUUAUCACUAUCACGACUAUCACCGGUACUUGUCUUACGCGUAUGCAAGAAAACUUGAGAUUUUAUUUCCUAAUAUCUUAAACGAGAAUCGACGAAUAUGACAGCAUUAACAGUGUUACAUAAAUUUUGGUUGGAGUAUGCGAAAAAUACACCUAAGAAACUCAAAAUCAUCGAUGCGUACUUAUUGUACGUGUUUCUUACAGGUGUUAUUCAAUUUAUUUAUUGUUGUCUUGUCGGCACAUUUCCUUUCAAUAGUUUUCUCAGUGGUUUCAUAUCCUGUGUGUCCUGCUUCAUUCUAGGAGUUUGUCUUCGAUUGCAAGUUAACCCACAAAAUAAAAGUCAAUUUCACGGUAUAAGCCCAGAAAGAGGAUUUGCAGAUUUUAUUUUUGCACAUAUUAUUUUACAUAUUGUUAUAAUGAAUUUUAUUGGAUAAAAGGUAUACAAAUAUAAUAUGUUAUUAAAGC